GCGAUUGGGGGGCAGGCUCGUGAGUGGUGGAACGUUGUGCGCGUGCGCAGUGGGAGUUUUUUCCCUCGUCUGUUUUGUAGGCCCAGCCGGGUUGAGCGCGUGGAAAAGGUUCAAGAGUGGCUGAUAAAUAAGAAGAACAGCCACUACAAUGUCACGUUUCUUUACAACUGGCUCAGACAGUGAGUCAGAAUCAUCACUCUCCGGGGAUGAACUAGUAGCAAAGCCUGUUGGAGGCAACUUUGGGAAACAGCCUCUGCUGUUGAGUGAAGAUGAAGAAGAUACGAAGAGAAUUGUGCGCAGUGCAAAGGACAAAAGAUUUGAGGAGCUUACCAACUUGAUCAAAACAAUUCGGAAUGCCAUGAAGAUCCGGGAUGUCACCAAAUGCCUGGAGGAGUUUGAAUUGCUGGGCAAGGCUUAUGGGAAAGCCAAGAGCAUUGUUGACAAGGAGGGGGUACCCCACUUCUACAUUCGCAUCCUGGCAGACCUGGAAGAUUACCUCAAUGAGUUAUGGGAGGACAAAGAAGGCAAGAAGAAAAUGAACAAGAAUAAUGCUAAAGCACUGAGCACUCUCCGCCAGAAGAUCCGAAAGUACAACCGGGAUUAUGAGACACAGAUCACAUCUUACCGCCAGAACCCUGAGCAGUCAGCUGAUGAAGAUGAGGACAAGAAAAGUGACGAUUCAGAGGGAUCAUCCUCUUCAGAUGGUGAUGAUGAUGAUGAGGGAAUGAGUGCAGCAGCUUUCCUGAAGAAGAAAGAGGGAGCUAGUGAGGGCCGUGGAAAGAUCCUCAAAAAGAUAGAGGAUGAAGAUGAGGAUGAGGAGGACUCCGAUGAUGAAGAAGACUGGGGGUCAUCAGAUUCAGAAACAGACUCCGAGUCAGAUGAAGAUGAGGGCAAAUACACCUCCCUGGCUUCCAAAUUCCUUAAAAAAACUGGCACUGAGGAGGACAAGAAAGUUUUGGAGAAAAAAAGGGAAGAGAAGGCCAAGAAAAAGCAGGACCGCAAAUCCAAGAAAUAUGAAGACGAUGAGGAUGACAAUGAGGGCGGCGAGUGGGAGAAGGUCAAGGGGGGUGUCCCAUUGAUCAAGGAAAAGCCAAAAAUGUUUGCUAAAGGCACAGAGAUCAAUCAUGCUGUAGUCGUGAAGAAGCUCAAUGAGAUCCUCCAGGCCCGUGGGAAGAAAGGCACUGAUAGGGCAGCGCAGAUUGAUCUCUUCCAUCUCCUGGUUGGAAUUGCAGCAGAAAAUAACCUGGGCAUUGCUAUUGAUGUGAAGAUCAAGUUCAACAUUGUUGCCUCAUUGUAUGAUUAUAACCCCAACUUGGCUACAUAUAUGAAGCCAGAGAUGUGGAAGAAAUGCCUGGAUUGUAUUGAUGAACUUCUGGACAUCCUAUUUGCUAAUCCCAACAUUUUCAUUGGAGAGAAUAUUGCAGAAGACUCAGAGAACCUGUCCAACAGUGAACAGCCUUAUCGUGUGCGAGGCUGCAUUCUGACCCUGGUGGAGCGAAUGGAUGAGGAAUUCACCAAGAUCAUGCAGAACACAGACCCUCAUUCCCAAGAAUACGUGGACCAUCUAAAGGAUGAGGCCCGAGUCUGUAAGAUCAUACAGCGUGUCCAGACGUACCUUCAGGACAAAGGAACCACAGAAGAGAUAUGCCGCAUCUACCUGCGCUGCAUCCUCCACACCUACUACAAAUUUGACUACAAGGCUCACCAACGGCAGCAAGGUCCAGCAGGAGAUAGCAAGUCGGAACAAGACCAGGCUGAGAACGAAGCUGAAGACUCAGCUGUGCUAAUGCAACGCCUUUCCAAAUUUAUCUACGCCAAGGACCGGACGGACCGAAUCCGUACUUGCGCCAUCCUCUGUCACAUUUAUCAUCAUGCCUUGCAUGACCGCUGGUACCAGGCUCGGGACCUAAUGCUCAUGAGUCACCUGCAGGACAACAUCCAGCAUGCUGACCCACCAGUGCAGAUCCUGUAUAACCGGACGAUGGUGCAGCUGGGGAUCUGUGCUUUCCGCCAGGGCAUGAUCAAGGAUGCUCACAAUGCACUGUUGGACAUCCAGUCGAGCGGGCGAGCCAAGGAGCUGCUGGGGCAAGGCCUGCUGAUGCGUAGCAUGCAGGAGCGCAACCAGGAGCAGGAGAAGAUUGAGAAGCGCCGCCAGGUCCCCUUCCACAUGCACAUCAACCUGGAGCUCCUGGAGUGCGUCUACCUGGUAUCAGCUAUGCUUCUUGAGAUCCCCUACAUGGCUGCCCAUGAGUUUGAUGCCCGGCGGCGCAUGAUCAGCAAGCAGUUCCACCACCAGCUGCGUGUGGGCGAACGCCAGCCUCUCCUUGGCCCCCCAGAAUCUAUGAGGGAGCAUGUAGUCGCAGCUUCCAAGGCGAUGAAGAUGGGCGACUGGAAGACCUGUCAUCGUUUCAUUGUCAAUGAGAAAAUGAAUGGGAAAGUUUGGGACCUCUUCCCUGAGGCAGACAAAGUGCGCAGCAUGCUCGUCCGAAAAAUCCAGGAGGAGUCUCUCCGAACCUAUCUCUUCACUUACAGUAGUGUCUACGACUCCAUCAGCAUGGAGAUUCUGUCUGAUAUGUUUGAGCUGGACCUACCCACAGUGCACAGUAUCAUUAGCAAAAUGAUCAUCAAUGAAGAGUUGAUGGCCUCCUUAGACCAGCCAACCCAGACCGUUGUGAUGCAUCGGACUGAGCCCACCUCCCUUCAGAACCUGGCAUUGCAGUUGGCUGAGAAGCUGGGCAGCCUUGUGGAGAACAAUGAGAGGGUCUUUGACCAGAAACAAGGCACUUAUGGAGGCUAUUUCCGAGAUCAAAAGGAUGGCUACCGUAAAAAUGAAGGCGGCUACAUGCGGCGUGGAGGCUAUCGGCAGCAAGAACGACAAAGUAACUACUGAUAUGCCCUCUCCCCCCUACAAAAGAAAUUCCAAAUAUUGUAUUCCAAAUUCCAUAUUUCAAACACAUCAAAUAAAGUAUUGGUUUGAAAGGAGA